AGCACCCCAGCCUGCACCUCGGCCAGGAAGUGCUCGUCACACCGGGAUUACGCACCUUUGACCUCCAGCACUGUCAACCGUAAUCUGCUCACUGAGAUGCCAGUGAGACCAAAUCCACCAGCAGCAACCGGUUUGUCACAUGACUAGCGUGCAGCGCUGCCUGCCUGCCUGUGUGUGUGUGUGUGUGUGUGUGUGUGUGUGUGUGUGUGUGUGUGGUUUUUAUUUCCGCGUUCACCGAGGGGGAGAGCUGAGCUGAAUGAGUCUUCACGGCCGCGGUGUGUCUGUCUUUCACGCCGCGAAACUGCGUCUCCGUGCAGGGAUCUGUCGGGCGGGGGGGGAAACUCUCACGUAAUCGCAUCGCCUGGACCCACGCUGCUGCAUGACCACCAUGCUCACGCGGGUGAAAUCGGCGGUGGCCAAUUUUAUGGGAGGUAUGAUGGCUGGUGGCUCCAACGGGGACCAUCCCGGCGGCUCCGAUAUGCCGCUGAAAUACCCGUACAGCAGACCGGAGUUCCUGGGGCUGUCGCCGGACGAGAUAGAGUGCUCGGCGGAUCACAUUGCGAGACCGAUCCUCAUCCUGAAGGAGACCAAGCGGCUGCCGUGGUCCACCGGCUACGCAGAGGUGAUCAAUGCAGGAAAGAGCACGUUAAAUGAGGACCAGGCCUGCUGUGAGGUGCUGGUGGUCAAACGAAGACCUGCAGGAAGCUCCACGCCCAACCGAACCCCCCUGACACGCAGAAGAUCUUCCCUGCCCAAUGGAGAGGGUAUGGGCCCCCGGGAGUGCCUGCCCACCAGUCCUUUACUCAGGCCCACCCAGAGCCUACAGCAAACUCAUGAUGGCUCUGAAGACCUAACCUUGCACUACUGGGCGCUGUUCGAUGGUCACGCUGGCUCUGGGGUGGCUGUAGCGGCUUCCCGCCUUCUACAUCACCACAUCGCCCUGCACCUUCAGGAGGUGACGGAGAUCCUCUGCACUCCAAACCUGUUGCCCCCGACGUGCCUGGGAGAGGAGCCUAUCAAUCACCACCUCACCCCGACAUCCCAACGCGCCCUCACCAGGGCCGCCUCGCUCCGUGGUGCUGCAGGGGCCCCGGGCUCACCCAGCACCCCACCCACACGCUUCUUUACUGAGAAGAAGGUUUCACACGAGAGCUUGGUGAUCGGCGCCAUCGAGAAUGCUUUCAAAGACAUGGAUGUGCAGAUAGAAAAGGAGAAGGCAGUCUACAACAUCUCAGGUGGCUGCACUGCUCUGGUGGUCGUCUAUUUACUGGGGAAGCUUUACGUUGGGAACGCCGGGGACAGCAGAGCUAUCAUUAUCCGGGCCGGGGAAGUCAUCCCCAUGUCAACAGAGUUCACACCAGAGUCAGAGAGACGGCGACUGCAGUUCCUGGCCUACAUGCAGCCCCACUUAUUAGGGAAUGAGUUUACCCAUCUGGAAUUCCCGAGGAGGGUCCAAAGAAAGGAGGUGGGAAAGAGGAUGCUGUAUCGUGACUUCACCAUGGCGGGAUGGGCGUAUAAAACCAUCGAGGACGAUGACCUAAAGUUUCCCCUGAUCUACGGCGAAGGGAAGAAGGCUCGUGUGUUAGCGACCAUCGGGGUCACCAGAGGUCUUGGAGACCACAAUCUCAAAGUGCAUGACUCCAACAUCUACAUUAAGCCCUUCCUGUCCUGCUGCCCAGAGGUCAAAGCCUACCCUUUGGCGCAGUAUGAGCAUGAGGCUGACGAUGUUCUGGUGCUGGGAACUGAUGGUCUGUGGGACGUCCUCUCUAACCAGGAAGUAGCUGAAGCAGUCACCUGUUUCCUGGCGAACUGCGACCCCGACGACCAGCACAGGUACACAAUGGCAGCUCAAGACCUCGUAAUGAGAGCACGCGGGGUGCUGAAGGACCGAGGUUGGAGGAUAUCCAAUGACAGAUUAGGCUCUGGAGAUGACAUCUCUGUCUACAUCAUUCCCCUCAUGUACGGCAACAAGCAGAACUAGCCGAGCUAGGAAACUACAACUACCACUGAAACAUAGCCCUGCCUUGAUCCCCCAACUUGACCUCUGCAGUUUCCCUCAUCCCUUGUGCUCUUUUUAAAGUGCUUUAGUGUGGACUUCUCCUCCGCUGAGGGAUCCAAGAUGUUUCUGGUCAGAGUUGGGAUUUAUGUCCAGGCCAUUUUCCCCUUGAUCAUCUUUAAUCAGGAUGAUCUCAUUUUUUUCUGGCCCUUCUUUUUUUUUAUAGAAAUGAAACUGUUAAUAGCCGGAUCAUGAAAAUAACUGUUGAAGAGUUGAACGACUGAUUUAUUUUAUUUUAUUCAAUCUCGAGGAAGCCAUUUUGAAUCUAUUUGUGGGGCGAUGCCCGAGGGUUUGAGAGCAUGGGCUCUCAUGGAUGCGAUGGUGACGUGCAUCUCAGGAUUGCUGUUACUAACUAAUGCACAAUAUUUAUAAAUGUGAAAAUGUAAAUACUCCCAGGCGUAAGACAUUUGAUAAGUGUGUUUGGUUGAACACCUGUACAGUGUAUAAAAAAAAACUAACCUGAAGACUGAUGUCCUGCAUAUAUGAAUCAUACCUCCUCUGUCCCAUGUAGAGCUUUUAAUUUAGCCACGUGCAAUUGUUAGUCUGUUUCACAAAAGGAGAAAUUGAAAAAAAAAAGCUUUCUGUAGACUGUACGUCACCUGGUUCUCCUAAUGCUGCAGUUGCUAUUUCGGUUCAUUUGUACCCCUUGCAUUGCAAUACUGUGCUCACUAUUAAGGAAAACUGCUGCUUCCGUUGAAAUUGAACACAUUAAUGAAGAAUACACUACUAUGAGGAGUCACCUUCAACCCUGCUUACAUCUCAUCAAACUAUUAAAUAUUAAAUAGCCCAGUUUUUACAUUAAUUAUUAUUACAUAAUUAUUAUUAAUUAAGAAGGAAUAACAUAGUAUCCGAAUAAUAUCUGUUGCACUCAUUCACCAUUAGCCAUCUACCUCAUAAUUUUCUUCCUUUUAUUGUAUUACACAUAACACAUGCUGUCCUUGUCUUCUUUGACUGUUUGCAUGCGAUGUCGGCUGAAUUGUCAGCUGCUACCUGUGCCAUUAUUAAAGUUACAUUGGUAUGAUUUGCUCGUGUAUCUGCAAGAUUUCUAAAGGUUUUUAGAAAAGCACUGAGCAGAAAAAAAGCCUCCCAGGGAACUGUGUGAAGGUUAUACUGUUUUGGAAAAUAUGUAGAAUGCUAAAAAAAACAAAACACUGCCAUGACCUAAUUUAUUACCUUUUGUCAGUAUCAGUUGGAUACAUUGUCCCUAUUAAGAUAAACCCAUCCUCAUGAAUAGCAGGUGCCUCCAACAGUAUAUAGAAGAUUAUCAUUGCAGACAGUUAAACAAACAUGUACCUUAUGUCUCUCUACAAUCAUCUUUGUUCCCUGAUUCAGUGGUCUUCCACAGUUUGUUUCAUUUAGGUUCAGGUCGUAGUUUUCAGCUGCUAUUAAUUGUGCACAAAUAUUGUAUGUUAACUGCUGUACGAGUGUCUGUAACUGGUGAAACAUGGAACAGACAGAGUAAUUUAAUUUCAAUGUGCAAAAUGUAAAUAACGUUUUCAGUGGACACUUCUUUCUUUUACGAUAAGUGAUGUACAUCUUACUGACAGAAAAUACAUAAUUUGUACUGUUUUGGAAACCUAGAACAGUGUAAAAAAAAAAAAAAAAAAGGUUUACAUGGUCACUUUUCUGCUCUAUUAAAAAAUGGACAAUU